AAUAAAAAUUUGAAGUUUUUAGUCACACUAUUCUCAGUUAUUAUUUAUUGUGUAUCUCACAACAUAUAGUAGUAAUAAAGGCUACAUAUUUCCUUUAGUUAAAAUGUUUGUCUCAAGAUAAUUAUUCUCCAAGCUGGCUCAAUGCUUCCGUAGCCUAUCUCAGUACUAAAUUGUUGGCAAUGUACUAUAUAAGUUAGAGAAUAGUUUCCCUAUAAUAUAUUCACUCUUUGGGUAAAUGUGAAAUUAAUGGUUGGGGUAGCUAAAGAUGAAUUUCUUUAUUAACCUAUUUCUAUCAGCCAGAUCAAACAAUGUAAUGUUUCAUAGAGUGAAAAUGACAAAUAACAAAGUUAUAGAACAUUAAAAGUGGACUAGUGUUCUCUUUGUGAGCAAUAUUACAUCUGUGCUGAAUGUCACACGGUUAUGUGUUGAUUGUUGUUGAUGUCAGCCACAUGCCAUCUUUGCCUUAGUAAAACAACAAUAAUGGUGAGAUCAGGAGGAUUUUAGUGACAAAUGAAAGAUCCCAAGUCUGCACAUAAGACAUUCAAGAUCAAGCAGAAGCUUGCCAAGAAGCUGAAGCAAAACAGGCCGAUCCCCCAGUGGGUCAGGAUGCGGACAGGCAACACAAUCAGGUACAACGCCAAGAGGAGACACUGGAGGCGUACUAAGCUCAAACUGUAAACUCCUGGAAAGUGCACUGCUUAUUCAAAAUGUUUCAUUUCAUCUGAAACUGUUAAUUUUUGGUUAAGUAAUUUUAUGAAUAAACAUUGCUUUUUUCCCUA